AAGACGCCAUUGCAGCGCCAAGCUUUAGCCUUCGUGUCCUUCAUUCCCCUACCUCGCGAAGCGAUCGACUGGCUGACCACGCGCACCCCGCAUGCACACACGUGCAGUCACACGAACCCUACAUCUCAGAGCCAUGGCCACCACCGCCGACGGCAUCCUGCUGGCCAAUAAUUAUACGUACAGCUUCGUGCCUCGAUCGCUCUCCCACCACCACCUCCCUGCCUCCUCGCUCUCCCCCACACCGCUUCCACUCGCCAUCUUCUUCUCCCUUCCCCUCCGCUGCUCCCCGCCACCGACGACGAAGGCAGCGCACCGGCCGACAUGUCCCACCGCCUCGGCCGCGUCGUCAGCGACCUCAGCCACAGCAACUCCCGCGGCGCAGCGGGCCAGCAGGGCCUCCACCACCAGAGCACGACGACGGCGAGCAACAACCACGACCGCGGCAACGCCGGCAGGGCCAGGCAGAGGCUCGCGCUCCUCUUCUCCGGCGUUGUCGCCUGGACAAGGAGCGAGAGCAGCAGCGAAACGGGCUGCAGCAGCAGCAGGGAGAAAAACAAGAAGCAGCAGCAAACCGCCAAUGGCGGAGGAGCCGGCGCCAGGCGCCGAGGCCUCGACAUAGUCCUGGCGCUGCGGAAGUACGUGUCGAUGGUGGAGCAGCUCUUCGCGUCCUACUCCAGCCGCGGCAGCAGCGCCCGCCGGGACGGGGACGGGCGGGACGCGCGGCGCCGGCGGAGGCCGCACACGUUCACCUACGCCCGCGGCGGCGGCGGCGGCGCCUCAUCGUCGUCCAGCAGGCGGCACAAGCAGGGGAGGCAGUCGUCGGCGCCCGCGUCGCUGCGGGGGUCGCCCGCCAACAGCGGGCACCUCGCCGUGGGGGAGUCGGUGGCUCGUAAGGCGUCGACGCCGUCGGAGGUAAGCACGAUGGAGGAGCUCCACAGCGCCAUCCAGGCCGCCAUCGCGCACUGCAAGAGCUCCGCCGGCGGCGAGCCGCAGCAGCCGCGCGCGUAAAUGAUGCGGCGGCGGCGGCGGUGGUGGCGCCGUGGUGUCUUUGCGUGCGUGACAGUACUUCACGGUGGGACGUCACGAGCAAAUGUACGUACGCGCAGGCAUGUACAGUAGUGGGUAUCCGGGGCACGGCCGGCCGUGACAGGUUUAAUGGUUUCGGUGUGUGUUUACAGGGACCUGUAAAUCAAACUGCAUGGAUGCAUGAGUGGAACCAAUAAUGCAUGCAAAA